CGAGGUGAUGAAUUUGAAUCCAAAGAUCGUCGUAUCAUCCUGGAUGUAGAUCAUCUUGUGGAACGAGCGAGCCAGCAGGGUAUCCGAUUUGCGGCCUCAGAGGGAAGUGAUGAUGGAGAGGAGCACUGGCUCACUAGAGAAGAAUCUUUAGGUCAAGGGAAAGCUACCCCCGAAUAUCUUGUCGAGAAGCCGGAAGGGAUAGGAGUCUUACAAGCCGAUACUCGAGCUAAUAGAAUAAGUCUGCGUGGUACAGCUAAUCCAGGCCAUGUAUUUAUUCUAUACAGAGCUCGACAUAUGAUGAAACUAGACUUCUCCAUGAAUGUAAUCAUUAUUGCACAAACCAUUGAGCCACCGAGUCCAGGAGCAUUGAUGCCAUCCUGGUAUAUAAAACUUGAUCCAGGCGGUGAAAUGAUCCUCAUAUCUCACAUGAACUGGCUGCAUGGAGGGACCAGUGAUGAGAAGGACUGUACUUGCCCUUGCCCUUGA